AUAGUGUGAUUUGUUGCCAUGGAAACAGCGUCACGCUAGUACGGACAAUGUCCCUAGACAAGAAACUUACUGAGAUAUUUGCAUUUUUCCAGGAUAAAGAUAAGAACGUGGUAGAUGUAAAAGAUAUACCAACAAUCAUCAGAACUUUGGGUCUGGUGCCAACGGAAGCAGAAAUGAGGAAGACUGUUGCUGCUAUGGUUGGGGAGGAGAGCGAAGACACUGUUCAUUUGGCUGCUUUCCUCACCAUUGCCAAAAAGCUCAUUCUCGACAGAAGAUUUACCAGUAGCAACAAGGACGAGCUGAGUCGUGCUCUAUCAGUUCUGGCUAAAGAGGGUAAGAACCACCUGGCUGAAUUUCAUCCAGUGCCAGAAGCCAAAGGAGGGGGAUCAGGGGGUGGAUACGGAGAGGGCAAACGGACUGUGUUCCACCCUGCUGGUAGUUUAACCCGAGAUGACCUGAUGCGUCUCAUCACCCUCGAAGGCGAAAAACUAUCCCAGGAAGAGGCGGAGGAACUGAUCCUCACUCUCCCCAUGAAGGACUCGGAGCUUGUUGACCUCGACCAGUAUGCGGCACAGCUUGUUCCCCCUCCCAAAUUUUUGUAACGCUUCUCCAUGUAAUAUAUUUACAUGCAAGCUCAAGGCUGGCCUAAUCUAAGACAAUGACCAUAUGUAUAUAGAUGUAAGCGAAUACCACAGGAAAAUGAUAGUCAACACAAGAUCAAGAAUACCAGAUGGUUAAUUGUCAAAAGGGUAAAAAUUAAAAGAGAUAAUCCAGGGUUAUCAGAUAUCACGCGGUCACAAACCUAAUCAGACUGACUUUAACCGAAAUUACAAAGUUUCUUUACAGUCCAAAACAUGUAAAAACUGAAUAUGUUAAUUUUGUUGCUUAUAUUUAUCUACAACUUUUUUCAUUAUGAAAGCAUCAAGUUUAAAUAAACCAAGACUUAAAUUUAGAACAUUUUUAUUAUUUGACUUGAUGAAACAAGAUUUAAUGAUAUUCCUUUUAACUGUGUCUUUAAAUGGGAUUAAGGCUCUUGCUUGACUCCAGUUAAUAGGAUGGCCUAAAUCUCUCAUAUGUACAAAUAAGGCAUUCGAUAUUUGCCCAGUUCUCACAGAAUAUUGAUGUUGUUUGAGACGUUGUGAAAGAGAUUUACCGGUUUGUCCGUAAUAGACUUUAUCACACUUUUUGCAAGGAAUUUCAUAUAUGCAAUGUUCACAUAUUAAACGUUUAACUUGGGUAUAAAACGUUGUAUCAGUGAUAAAUGGGACUCUAGCAAAGAAUGGCAUUCUAGGAGCAGUUGGUCAGUUAUUUUUGUCUAUUAAUUUAUCAUUCAAAAACUUGCUUACAUAUUUGAAGAAAACCUUAGCUGGAUAGUAGUAAUCAAUGAAGUAUUGUUGUAAAACAGUAAUCUCAAGGCGAAAUUUGGACCAACCAGAGGAGAGAGAAUAUUCUCUGUGGAAGAGGGUAUAUAAAGUGUUUACUUUAAAGCUAAAACUACAAAAGCUGUAAAAAUUUGUCCGGUACAAGUCUUUUUUCUAAAAAUUGAGGUGUAAAAACCGUCUGUAUUAUGUAACACUGUAAAGACGUCUUUUCAAUGUUUUUAUUAUCAUUUCAACGACUUGCUAAGAUCCCAGAUAUAUCAAUCAAUGUAGAAUUCUCUGGCCUUACCUCCAAUAUAAGUAUCAUGUGUACAUACAGACUGUGUCUGUGUAUAUUAUCAUUUAUAUGUCUGUAAAGAAACAAAUUGUUGGCCUCAGCGUUCGGACCUUUGUUGACCUGACCCAGGUACUACAUGUCUAUCUGCACCUGUCAUUGUAUACCCCGCGCUCGGGCAAUAAAGCAUCAGU